GGGAUAUUAAUUGCGAUUUGUCUGGUGCGUCAUGCGCGUGUUUGUCAAGCAGUUGAGAGGAGGGGAAGGUCUGUGUGAGGUUCGUGAAGACAGCAACGUUGCUGACCUCAAAUUUUCUAUUGAGAAAGAAAUGGGUGUCGCUGUGGGUGACCAGAGACUCGUUUUCAAAGGAAAAAUAUUGCAAGGCUCGUUGCCUUUGUCUCAGUAUGGUUUAUCUGAUGGGAGUAAAGUUCAUUUGACAUCUAAGACUCGUGCACCUUUAGUCUGUCGUCCUGAUUCUGGUGUACAGACUGCUGGUCUUGAGCAACACACGGAUUUGAAAUCAAAAGAAUGUGAUGUGGCUGCAGUCGAUCACAUGACCUGUUUGAGGACGUUUUUAUUGAAAUAUUUUAACUCAGAAGAUGCAGACAAAGUUGUUCAGAGAUUCAGAGAGGAGAUACGACAGAGAGUAGCUGCAAUGAACUUGGACAAUAUUGAACGAUUAGCAACCAAGAGAAUGGCUUCCAUGCAGACGAGGGAAGAAACCUAAAUUGUCUGUGGCCGCUAGAAUGUAAUGAUUAGUGACUGUUUUCUAUUGUAUUGUUAUGACUUUCUACUAGAGUGUGUAGGAAAUAAAUACAAACAGCUGAUUGUCAUGUGA